GGGAAGCGGGAGGGAGCGCGGGGAGCCACGGGGCCGGAGCCGGCCCAAGGGCGCCCUCGCCUCGCAGCCGGGAGUGGGGCCCGGGACGGAGGCGGAAGGCGGCGGGGCCGCAAGCGCCGAGAAGUUUAGCGGCGGAGGGGCCGGGUGGGACCAGGGUGGCAAGGCAGGGCGCGGGGGCCGGAGCCAUGGGGGCGGGCGCGGGCGGCGGGGCUGGCGCGGAGGCGGCGCGGCGCGCACAGAGCUCCCGGAGCUGCGCCGCCGGCGCGGCGCAAAGUUAGCCCGGCGCCCCGGGACGAGCCCUGCAGCCACCCGGCGUCCCUGGACCCCGCUUCGGCAUGGGCGAGCACCCCAGCCCGGGCCCCGCAGUGGCCGCCAACGCCGAGGCGGAGCGUAUCGAGGAGCUGGAACCCGAGGCUGAGGAGCAGCCGCCCGUGGCGCCGGAGGACCACUGGAAAGUCCUCUUUGAUCAGUUUGACCCUGGGAACACAGGCUACAUCAGCACAGGCAAGUUCCGGAGCCUGCUGGAGAGCCACAGCUCCAAGCUGGACCCACACAAAAGGGAGGUGCUCCUGGCUCUCGCUGACAGCCAUGCUGAUGGACAGAUCUGCUACCAGGAUUUUGUCAACCUGAUGAGCAACAAGCGGUCCAACAGCUUCCGCCAGGCCAUCCUGCAGGGGAACCGCAGGCUCUCCAGCAAGGCCCUGCUGGAGGAGAAAGGGCUGAACCUGUCGCAGCGACUGAUCCGCCAUGUGGCCUACGAGACCCUGCCCCGGGAGAUUGACCGCAAGUGGUACUACGACAGUUACACCUGCUGCCCGCCACCCUGGUUCAUGAUCACAGUGACACUGCUGGAGAUUGCCUUUUUCCUCUACAAUGGAGUGUCGCUUGAUCAAUUUGUGCUGCAGGUAACCCACCCACGAUACCUGAAGAACUCACUGGUUUACCACCCACAGCUCCGAGCACAAGCUUGGCGCUACCUGACCUACAUCUUCAUGCAUGCCGGGAUAGAACACCUGGGACUCAAUGUGGUGCUGCAGCUCCUGGUGGGGGUGCCCUUGGAGAUGGUCCAUGGAGCGACCCGCAUUGGGCUUGUCUAUGUGGCUGGCGUUGUGGCAGAACUGGUCAGGCAUGAAAUGUCAGUUCAAGCUGCUGAGGAUGGCUGUGGCCUUGAUCUGCAUGAGCAUGGAGUUUGGGCGUGCCGUGUGGCUCCGCUUCCACCCGUCAGCCUACCCUCCAUGCCCCCACCCGAGCUUCGUGGCGCACCUGGGCGGCGUGGCUGUGGGCAUCACCCUGGGCGUGGUGGUCCUGAGGAACUACGAGCAGCGGCUGCAGGACCAAUCGCUGUGGUGGAUUUUUGUGGCCAUGUACACUGUCUUUGUGCUGUUUGCUGUCUUCUGGAACAUCUUUGCCUACACCCUGCUGGACUUAAAGCUGCCGCCGCCCCCCUAAGGAGCUGGAAAGCCCGGUCAGGGAGGGGAGGGAGAGGCAGCAUCAGAAAGGAGCAGUGCCUGCUUUUCUUCAUCACCAGCUCAGUGAGGCCAGGGAGGAGAGGACGGUACUGGGCAGCAGUGUUACUGUGUUCAGGUCUGGACAGACAGUGGUGACUCUUUUCUGAAAGACACCUGCUGCAGGAGUUGAUGCUUUUCUAGACUGUUCUGAAGACAUCCAGCCAGGGCUGAGGUCCAGGGUGGGGUGAGAGUGGUCCUCCCGGCCCCAGAUGUUCAGGGGUCCCCUCCCUCAUCACAGGUUGAGCCGCAGCCUUCUCCCUCACCCUUCACCCUGAGAGACCCUGUGAGUUUACGGAAUGCCUGAGGGUGGUAAUCAAGAAGGCCCUUAUCCAGCCCAAAGAGUGUUACAGCCACAGAUGUUCCCUCUACUGCCGUUGGGUCUGGAGCUCUGGCGUGGAAGAAGGCCUGGUGGUGGGCAUGUUGGCUUUGGCCUGGGGGAGCCCAGGGUGCCCUUCUGUGCCUGCUGGUGGGCACUGGGGAGCGGCCUCUAGUGCCCGGGGUGGGCUGAGGAGGGAGAUGCUGUGACCUAGGCCCUACCCGUGUCCUGAGGUACCCAGCGAGAGACAUCCAAGCAAGGGGGAAUAAACCUCAUCCAAAGCUCCGCCCUGGGAAAGGUGCAGUCCCAACUUCGGACCUUUCUCUGUCCCCAAAUGCAGGCAUCCCAUGCCAGGGCCCUAGCAUCCCGUGGCUGCUUUGUUUGCAGAGGCUUUUCCUUCCCUUCCAUCACCCUGCCCCUACUUUGUGCCUCUCUCUCCUUUUGUUCUGGAGGCAGCGUUCUGACAGGGUGGUUCCAUUAGCAGAGAUGCUCCUGUGACAGGAAGACAGUGUAAGGUGGGUGGAGACUGCAGAGGAAGCCCGAGGGGCCAUGGGGUGUGUGGUGGGGGGCCUGCCUGAGAGGAGGAAGGUGCUGAAAAGUAUAGGGUCUGGCUUCUGGGGAUCCUUAUCCCUUCUCUCCAUCUGCCCCCGUUCCAGGCAUCUCCUGAGAAUGCUCCCCCACAGGAGACUUGUCUGCAGUGGAGGGAGACCUCCGGCCCUUCUAGGGACCCUUGGGGUGGUGAAGUUCUCCUUACCUUUGCCAAGUUCUGCUCUUAUUUCCCUGUGGAGUAGCCUUUAUAUCUCCAAAGAUUCUGUUCUGCUCCCUUAGGAGGGAAGGAGCUUUGAGGGUGCCAGAGAGGCUGGGGCAGGAAUAAGGAGGCCAUGUGUCCAUUUGAGUCAGGAGGACAGGAGGCUGCAGUAAAAGGAAUUCCAGUUGAGGUGGAAAAAAAUUGUUGGGUGCUUGGUUGGGGGUCAGAGAUGAGGCAGCGCAUAGACUUAGAUGCUCGGAGCUAGAAGGGAACUUGGAGCUUAUCAAGUCCAUCCCCACCUCCAUGUCACAAGUGGGAAAACGAGGCUGAAGGAAUGGCCUCUAGCAGAAGCUGGUGCAGGCCCUGAGGAUGGUGCGGGGAGGAUGGCCACUGACAAACUAUGUCAUGCCCUUUAUACUGCUCUCAGAACUCUCAGCCACCAACAGCCCCGAAGGAUGAAGAACCCGAGCCUGGAAGCCAGAGGCACUGGGUCUAAGCAGGAGUGAGGGCAGGAGUGUGGGAACUGCCUCCUGCCAGCCAUGUGCCUGUCAGAAUCCUUAUGUGCACCAAGGUCUGAAGUCGGCCAGGCCAGGCAUGUGGGGGUCAUGGGCCACAGUGGCUUCCUGUCCCCAGUGAUCACAUGUUAAUGGUCAGGGUCUUCCUACCCAGGAACACCCCCACUGAGACCCAGGCUAUGCCAAGUCCUUCCCCAUCUUUGCCCAAUGCUGCAUAAAUUGUCCUGGUCCCCACAUAUGGCUCCUAAGUUCAUGCUGCACUUGUGCCAAUGCUGUGCUGAGGACCACCAGCCCGAGGUGGCACAGCCCAGACCUUUGGCUCAGCUGCAUCGCCCUGAGGCAUCUGGUCCCGACCCUGCCAGCCAAUCUCUGCCCUACUGAGAGAAAGGUGCAGCUGAAGAGUCAGCUUCUCAGGAGGGGAGACUCAGAGCUGGAACUGGGGCCUAAGGAGGGAGGAGGGGCCUCAGCCAUGGGCUGCAGCCACCCUAACCCUGAGGGGCGCUGUCCCUUCCUAGAGGAGCAGAGGCUGGUGCCCUGUGAGGGGCAGGGCUUCCCCUCCACAUUACUUCUGGCACAUGGGGGUCCUGGACUGCAGGUGGAGGGAGCAGAGAGGCAGCCCUGCCUUUUCUAAGGAGGCCUGAGGAGGAAAGAUCUCUCAGGGGUAGGAAGACUGUGUGCUAGAAGACUCUAGAAAGUCUUCAGAGAAGAACCCCAUUCAUUCAGGGCUUCAAAAGGAAGCAUGUUACCGAGGACUACUUGAGGCAGAAACCCCUUCGUCCACCUGCUAAGUCAGUCCUCCGAGGCCUGGGAAAUGCUCAGGGAGCCAAACCGCAGCUGCUCCAGUCAGCAGAGUGUCCAAGAGCAACCCGAGAGGUCUUCGGCUGCUCAGCACCCCCUCCACCACCCUCUCCCGACCACCUCCCAAACAGGGCCGUCCAGUUGUGACAACAGUCACUUCACACAAGUGAGGUUUCCAACCCAGGCCUAGAGACAGCUGUCUGGUAAGAAAGGGUUAGUUUUUGGUGUCUCGCUUUCUCCUCAGCAGGCCCCUUUGUACCCCUUUACCCAGCGCCCUGCCAGCAGCACAUCCCCCCAAUCCCUCCUUCCUCAUCCCAGUGUCCCCAGAACCUCCAGGCUGCGGAGGCCAGCCUUUCCUCCUCAGGGUACAGAAACUAAGAGCUGGAGAUUCCCCAAACAGCAGCCAUAGACUCGCCUGCUUGUUAAACAGAAGAGGAAUCUCAGAAACUGGGCAAAGGAAAACAAACCUUCAAAGGAGAAAUUUCACUUUAAUGACAUCAUUAAUCACUCAUUUUUUAAUUAGAAAAAGCUCCCUAAUGAGGCGUUUUUGCCAGCUAACAGAACUCUCAAUUUCCACAAGAACCAUUCUUGCCCCGAGGAUUAAGGGAGUCAUUGCUCACCCAGCCCAGACCUUCCCCCAGAGUCUAAUUUCAUUUGCAAAGAAUGCAGAUUCUUGAGUGCAGUGGACCCCCUUCCUGGCAUCCUUGGUGUCGCUCCUGGGACUGACUGGAAAGCGCCAACACUCCUCUGCCUUAAAAAACAGUGCCCGACACUGAACUCCCCCAGCACAAGGACUUGAAUAAGUGGAAAACAAAACAAAACCCAAGCUGCACUGUUUGUUUCUAAGUAUUUUUGUAUUGUGUACAUUCUGUAUAUUUUUGUUGUAACAUUAUUUGAGCACAGAUUCCAUUAAAGAUUUUUUUUUUAAGCCAUCGGUUAUUCAGGAAGUGACCUGACGGGCUGGCAUUGGAGCCUGUUCCCUCCGGAUCUGGGCUGGGGCGGUGGGAUCAGGUAGACGGCAGUGGUGCUGGGUCUACAGUUUAUACAGUACAGAUUAGGGCAUCGGGGCUGGGCGCCAGUGUGUCUGGCUUGGUGGUUCUUAACCUUUCUUGAAUUACUGAACUCUUGAGUGCUCGAUGAAAGCCAUGAUUUCUUUUCCCAUAAAAAUGCACAGGCAGACAAUUUUGUGUACAGUGUGGCAGGGCGGAGGGGCCUGUGAAGAAGGAAACUCGUGGCUUUAUGUCAAGAACCUCUGUGGCAGGUCCUGGUGGGUGCCCGGACUCCUCCGCCCACUCUUACACUCUACCCCCAUGAGGGAUUAAUAAUUUGACUGUUAUUAUUGAGGGAAUCUUCUUUAAAAUAUCUAGGUAUUUCCUUCUUUAUCACAAUAGCCUAGUCUGUAGGUCUUUCUAGGGACUUUCAACAGCCCAAUCUUGAGAAAGGGAUAGGAAUGUUCUCAGGGUAAAAGGGCAUCGUUAGCUCACAUGCAGAAGGGGAAAAUAAGACGGGCUUGAAUGUUGAAGGUGAAGUCUGGUGCUUGGGAAGUUUAACAAUCAAGUGGGCUUUGAAUGGAUGAAGCCGGAGAGAGAGGGAAUUGUUUUCACCAGUUAUUCUAAACCAGUAGCAGUGUGUGUAGUUUUGCCUUUCGUAACUGUUAAAUUUCUUUUGAGGAUUAAACUAGCCUUUUAAAGUCAGCAUGGGAGUUGUUUCCCAUAAUGUUCUUUCACAUCAGUUUUCCUGUGUAUCAUUUAAAAAUGCUUCUAAAUGCACUCAAGUCAUCCCAGAACAAACUUUACAGUUCAGGCUAUAGGUCAAAGAACCCACUUCUGUUUGGAGUGUGGAAAACUGGCUUCCCCAGAAGGAAAAUCAGGGCUCUGUCUGAGCACCAGUGUACCCAUCGGUCCGUCGCCUGAGGCAUUUAAAGAAAGGCAAGCUCCCCAGCCAGCCAAAAGCAGCUUGGCCUGGCCUUCGGCCCCCUGUUACUCUCCUCAUCAUUUUUAUGGUUCCUCCCUUCUACCAGAUUCUCAUUUUUCAAAACAACAUAAGAUGUUUAUCAAUAAUGUAAUUACAAAGACAAUUUACCUACUAUGUGCUAGGCACUGGGUUAGACAUUUUCAAUAGAUUAUUCUUAUUUAAUUGCACAGCUACUUGGUAUGAGGUUGGAAUAAAUAUCCUCAUAUAUACAUAUGAGAAGAAGGCUUAGAGAAGUUUAGUUAACUGCUGGAAGUAUGUGGUACAGCUGGAUUCACACCCAAGACUGCCUGCUUCCAAAAUGCGUGCUCCUGGCUCUCAGAUAUUUGUAUGGGACUUCAAGGACACUAAAUUUGUAGGUCUCAGGGUGUUUGGAGCUCCAGUCUCAUUGCAUUAGGCCUAGUGCCACCAGGCACAGCAAUGAACCUUGGAACAUUCACUCAGUGUUGACUUAACAGAUCUCCUCUUUGUCAGCCCUCCUAGAAGCAGUUUACAAGAAAAUCCACAGCAACCAACUCAUUACUGCUCCUUAUCACCCCCACUAGAAUCUAGCUUCUAUGCCAACUUAGUGAUUUAAAGUCUAAAGGCAUAUUUAGAAGUUUAGGAGUUAUGGAAUUGGAGCUGCCCUCUUAGACCUUCUGGUGGAAAGACUUCAUUGAAGCCAACGGGAUUGCCAUUACUGAGACAACACAUGGUUAGAGAAGCCUGCAGGCUUUCCUGGCAUGUGGUAUAAGUGAUCCUCUGGUAAAGGACAGGCAUUCUGUCAUAGUUAACACUGAAUGAAAGUGAAAGGAAGUGACAGGACACUGAGCUCUACAGGUGUAACUUAACUGGAUAAUGAAUAAAACAUUGUGAUGGAAAUUGCUCUUACACCCUACCUGAUGCCUCCUGCAAGCAGCAGAAAGGUGUGUUCCAACAGGUGAUGUGAUUUUCUUCAACAAAUUCUGUAGCAUAACAAGUAUAAUUUCCCCAUAAACUUGUAAUAUAUC